AUUUGAAUGUUCUGGACUCGAAUACUUGUAUAAGUUUUAGGUCCACUUACCACUAUUUAUAACGUUUCGUUUAGUAGUAGAAUUGUCGAGUUCAAUUUGCAUGUAGCGAUAGACAAACGAAAUAUUUACCUCACAAGUAUUGUAUCUUAAAUAACGGAAAAUGUCUCAGCCGGUCGUCGAAGUUUCCGAAGGGAAACUUCAAGGAAAGAUACGUGAAAGUGAUAGCGGCUCUAAGUUCUUUGCCUUCAAAAGCAUUCCAUUUGCCAAACCCCCAAUCAACGAGCUUAGAUUUGCGCCUCCCUCACCACCAGAGCCAUGGGAAGGAGUUCGCGAUGCUACGAAAGAAUGCAACAUAUGUCCCCAGCUUGAUAAAGAUACUUUAAAAGUAGUGGGUGAUGAAGACUGUCUGUAUAUGAACAUUUAUACACCAACCCUCCCAUCGUCUAAUUCGGUACCACUUCCUGUUAUGGUUUUCCUACAUGGAGGUGGCUUUAUAUUUGGUAGUGGGACUGAUGAUUCUGUUCAUGGACCAGAUUAUUUAAUAGAGAAAGAUGUAGUUGUUGUAAGCUUAAAUUACCGCUUAGGAAUUCUAGGUUUUCUGUGCUUGGAUACCAAGGACGCCCCAGGAAAUAUGGGUCUUAAAGAUCAAGUUCAAGCGUUAAAAUGGAUACAGCAAAAUAUAAAUAGUUUUAAUGGUGACCCAAACAAUGUUACUAUUUUUGGUUUUAGUGCAGGAGGCGCAUCUGUUGAAUAUCUACUUUUAUCUCCUAUGGCUAAAGGAUUGUUCCACAAAGCAAUUGCACAUUCUGGGUCCUCCCUACUGCACUGGGCUCAAACAUCAAGAGUAAAGAAAUUGGCUGCUUUAAUUCCUGUUAUGAAGAAAACUGUUGUGGCCGAUGACAAUGCCUUACUCAAAUACUUGAAAGAUUUAUCAACGCAAGAGUUAAUAUCAGCAUCUAUGAUGGUUUUGGCUGUCGAUAAAUUUAGGGGAGGUAUGAAUUUUGGUUUUGUGCCCACAGUUGAGAAGACAGGUGACUGGGAACCUUUUAUAAGCAAGUCAACUUAUGAUAUGCUGGCUCAGGGAGAGUUCAAUAAGGUUCCAUAUAUUUCUGGUUUUUGUGACCGUGAGGGAUUAUUAAUGAUUUCACAUGGUGCUCCAAUAUUGGAGAAAUUAGCAAAGGAAAAAGACUUUGUAUCAUAUCUUCCAUUCUCAUUGGAUCCAACUGAAAAAGUAGAGAUGGAGACAAGACUUAAAGCUAUAUAUUUGGAGGGAGAGAAGAAGUAUGAUGAUGUGGAUUCCUUUGCAAUUGAUUUCUUCACUGAUGCUGAUUUCUUAGGCGGCUUGUAUGUAUCAACAAUGUUGAUAGCUAAGCAUAAUUCUCCGGUAUACUUCUAUGAGUUUGCAUAUGAUGGAAAUCUAAAUUACGUAAAGAAAAAAUUUAAGACAAAUAGAGCAGGAGCAUGUCAUGGGGAUGAUGGAGGAUAUCUUAUUAGGAGUGAAAUACUAAAAGAUAAGUUAUCUGAAACUGAUAUACUUGUGAAAGAGCGAUUAUGUACUAUGUGGAGCAACUUUGCUAAGUUUGGAAAUCCCACACCAAAAACAGAUGAGAUUAUCUCUACUAUAUGGGAGCCCAUUGCUGAAACGGGGCUUACUUAUCUACAUAUUGGAAAAGAUCUCACAAAUAAACAGGAAUUGUAUCCAAAGCGAACGAGGCUGUACAAAGAACUUUAUGAAAAGAAGUAUAAACCAUAACAAAAUUAAUCAGACAAGUAUUGUAUUGAUUUCUUUUUUAUUUUUUAUAUCUAAAAUAUAUAUCUUGCAAUUUUAAGGUGCUAGAAUGAAGUGUGUCAAAGUAAUAGUGUAGUGUAGUUUGUAGUGGAGUUUCUUUUCAAGAAUUUAACUACUAAAAGUAGUUAUUUUGUAAUUUUUGCCUUACCUUUAUACUUAUAUGUCGUGGCCAUAUCAUGAUGUGGCUUGAGCAGAUCAAUGAUAAGAAAUCAUUUCUCGAUAUGGCCAACUAAACGAGCGGUUUUUUCAUGAAAUGAUCAAAAUUAUUUGAUCAUAUCGUAAAGUAGUUACAUUAAUCAUUGGUAGAGGCGCUGCAAGCGCUAUGUAUAUGUGUGCAGAUGGCGGCCGCUGUCGAAAAUUUUAUUAUUCGCAAUUAAAAACUUCAUAAUUCGUUUAAUUACAAUAUAAAGAAAGUCAUACUAAAGAAUUUACGACGAAAAGGUUCGAGUACUAUGGAAACUGAAUAUCUUAAUCAAAAUAUGUUGGCCAUAUUACGAAAUGAGCAAAUCUACGAUAUGGCCACGAUAUAUACUUACACAUCAAAAUAUGAUGUAGAAUUGCACAUUGUUCAUUACAUGAUUUGAGAUAUA